AAACAACAACAAUUAAAUAAAAAUAGCCAUGUGGAUGACGGGAAAAACAAAACAACACAAACAGACAAAAACAAUAAUUCUUUAUUCAUUUUCCCAUCAGAUUAGAUCAAAGACUUUUAUUUUGACUGUGACUUUUAUUUUACUUUUAUUAUGCCAUGGUUCUGUUAUCCGGAAGCAUUUCAACCUGUUCCGUCCUAAAGCAAAUACUAAAUCACUAUGUAGUGUGUAAUGAUAGCGCGAGAGUUACCAUAGUUAGACCUGGGAAGUGCAGUAGGCGGAUUGAGACACAGCCAGUGUGUUUCACUCCAUGUUAGCCGUGUUUAAUACAAAGAGUUUAUAACUUCCAGGGUGUCAGAGGUGAGAAAUGUCUUUGCCGUGUUGGCAGAAGCUGCCGGUGAGGCAGUACACCAGAGUGCUGUCCAACACCAGAGUGCUGCCCUGCAUGGGUGUACAAACUUUUGAGAGGCAUAACAGUGAACAUAGCUCUACUAAAUGUCUCCGGAGAGUUGUCAUUACUGGAAUUGGACUUGUGUCUCCACUGGGGACGGGGACGGCUCUGCCCUGGGAGCGUCUGAUCGCUGGAGAGAGCGGGAUAGUGGCCCUAGACUCAGACGAGUACAAAGCAGUGCCGUGUAAAAUAGCAGCUCGGGUUCCCCGAGGACACGGUGAGGGAGAGUUUAAAGAAGAAAUGUUUGCAUCACGUGGGGAGAUAAACAGCAUGUCUCAGGCCACGGUGAUGGCCCUCGGAGCUGCUCAGCUGGCCCUGCAGGACUGUGGCUGGUUUCCCAGAACCCCCGAGGAGCAGCUGAGCACAGGAGUUGCUGUUGGCAUGGGCAUGGUGCCACUGGAGGAGAUCGCUAGCACUGCUGCUGCUUUUCAGACGCGUGGCUACAGCAAAGUGAGCCCCUUCUUCGUCCCUCGCAUCCUGGUCAACAUGGCCGCCGGUCACAUCAGCAUCAAGCACAAGCUGAAGGGACCCAACCAUGCUGUGUCCACUGCCUGCACCACGGGGGCUCACGCCAUCGGAGACGCCGCCCGCUUCAUCAGCCACGGAGACGCCAUGGCGAUGCUCGCCGGAGGAACCGAGGCUUGUGUCAGCCCCCUGGCCAUAGCGGGCUUUGCACGUGCUCGGGCUCUGAGUACCAGCUGGAACGAACAGCCCAAGCUGGCGUCUCGACCGUUUCACCCAGAGCGAGAAGGAUUUGUAAUGGGCGAAGGAGCAGCCAUGCUGGUUCUGGAGGAGUAUAAGCAUGCCGUAGAGAGAGGAGCCCGGGUUUACGCUGAGGUGCUGGGGUACGGACUCUCAGGAGACGCCAGCCACAUCACGGCCCCUUCUGCAGAUGGAGAUGGAGCUUUCAGGUGCAUGUCCGCUGCUCUGCGUGACGCUGGCGUGCCUCCAUCAGACGUGACGUAUGUGAACGCCCACGCCACCUCUACGCCGCUGGGGGACGCUGCAGAGAACACAGCAGUAAAAAGACUCUUCCAUCAGCACUCGCCGUCUCUCGCUGUUUCCUCCACUAAAGGGGCCACGGGGCAUCUUCUGGGAGCAGCCGGCGCUCUGGAGGCAGCGUUCACAGCACUCGCAUGCUACCACGCAGUCCUGCCUCCGACUCUGAACCUGGACCGAACCGAGCCUGAGUUUGACCUGAACUACGUGCCGUGUGCUGCCCAGCCCUGGAGGACAGCAGGCAGGAGAGUCGCACUCACAAACUCGUUUGGGUUUGGAGGCACGAACGCCUCUCUGUGUCUGGCUAGUGUGUGAGAUUUACCGAGUGACGCACUGAAGACUGUCAGCUGUGCUGCCUUCCAUUGCAACUCACAACCAGUCAAUAGCUUUUUAAUAAAGGCUUAUGGUCCAACUUUGUUUCUAAGAUAAAUGUAGAGCUUUUAGCAGUGAAGAGCUCGGCAUGUUUAAGAAAAAACUCCUGGGGGAAGGAAGCGCCAUUAUGACAAUGGCUGAGAAGAGUGUGUGAAGCUUCAUCAGGAAAAGCUAGUUUUGAUUUGUUUAACACUGUACUGAGUUACUUCGUAUUGUCUUAAUAUUAUUGUUAAAUAUUAGAAAAUAGUAAAAAUGAAGGAAAUCCAUCUAUGAGUGGGGGUGUCAUUACUUUUGACUGAUGCACUUUAUUAAUUGAUGCCCUGAUGAUAUUUGUAAUACUGGAGCAAAACGCUUGGAAUUAAAGAUAUAACAAUUA